CUCUUCUCUAUCUCUUGCAAACCAAACAAAAGCUUUGGGGCAUGAGAGAAUUCCCCAAAAGAUAAAAUGGAGCGAAGGCUCAGCCCAAAUUUUAUCUGCCGCAUCCAACGCUUUCAUAUCUGUUAACUGCUACAACAGGCUGCUUCCUUUCACUUCAAUGCUGUAACUGCUUCUGCUGCCAUAACAACAAAACACACAAAUGGCGUGCUCCUUUAAGCACCACCUCUUGCUCCUCCACUCACAUUCCCUCUCGAGAAUAGUCCCCUUCCGCCGCUUCCACCGAAUCGCCACCGCCGGCAGCCACUCUCGCAGCCUUCAAACGCCGAAGCUUCUUCGUUCUUCGCGCCGCACACCGCUCUCGAAGGGUUAUUGUCGUGCAUCUCUGAAUUCGCCUGUUUCUGCAACGAGCACUGCACCGUUGGUUCCUGAAACUAGAUGUGGACCUGUUCAAUUGCCACUUGGUUCUGCGGAGGAGCGUGCGGCGAACACUGAUAAUGGCAGAGUAAUGCUCGUUGAUGGUACAUCGGUUAUUCAUAGAGCAUACUACAAGCUCUUAGCAAAAUUGCACCACGGUCAUCUAACACAUGCGGAUGGAAAUGGAGAUUGGGUUUUAACAAUAUUUACGGCAUUAUCAUUGAUAAUUGAUGUUCUGGAAUUUCUCCCUUCCCAUGUGGUGGUAGUGUUCGACCACGAUGGAGUUCCUUUUCGUCAUGUUAAUAAUUCAUCAAAAGAAAGUUUUACUGCAAAAGGCCAGAAUUUUCGGCACAAUCUAUACCCCUCAUACAAGAGCAACCGUCCUCCAACCCCUGAUACCAUUGUUCAGGGACUUCAAUACCUCAAAGCAUCCAUCAAGGCCAUGUCCAUAAAAGUCAUUGAGGUUCCAGGUGUAGAAGCAGAUGAUGUGAUUGGAACAUUAGCCUUAAGAAGUGUUGAUGCUGGGUACAAGGUACGAGUUGUCUCCCCUGACAAAGACUUUUUUCAGAUUCUAUCUCCUUCAUUACGUCUCCUAAGAAUUGCUCCGCGUGGUGAUCAGAUGGUUUCAUUUGGAGUUGAGGAUUUUGCAAAGCGAUAUGGAGGUCUGGAACCAUCCCAGUUUGCAGAUAUGAUUGCUCUUUCUGGUGACAGAUCUGAUAAUAUUCCAGGUGUGCAUGGAAUUGGAGAUGUGCAUGCUGUGCAAUUGAUCAGUAAAUUUGGCACAUUGGAGAGGUUGUUGGAGUCUGUUGAUCAAGUAAAAGAGGAUCGCAUUAGAAAGGCCUUGAUUGCAAAUGCUGAGCAGGCUCUAUUAAGCAAGGAACUGGCAUUGUUGCGUUCUGAUCUUCCACUCUACAUGGUACCAUUUUCUGUGAGAGAUCUCUCAUUUAAAAAACCAGAGGACGAUGGCAGCAAAUUCAACAGCCUUCUAACAGCUAUCAGUGCUUACGCAGAAGGGUUUUCAGCUGAUCCUAUCAUCAGGAGAGCAUUUCAUUUGUGGAGAAAGCUGGAAUCAAGAUGAUGAUGUUCUUGAGUCAUUAGGUUUACUUGUAUAGAGGGUAUACUUUGAAUAGAAUGGAUAACAACACAACAUGAGGGGAUUCAAGUGUAUAUAGUAAACAGAGCAUGGAUUUUGCUUGUGCAGAUUCCAAUGCAUUCCAGUGAUUGUUCCGCGAUGAGUACAAUUUGUUAAGGUGAAAAUGGCUAUGUAGGCCUAAUUUAUUUGAUAUGGUACAAAUCUUUGUGAGGCAGGUAUACAUUUUUGUUUGUAGAAACUGGAAGCCGAAGGUUUGAAGAAAUUGUCAAAUUGGGAUCUAAGAAUUAAUUGCCCUCAUGCC